UUGAUUUUGUAAAAUUGAUUUUAGUUACAGGUGAGAUGAAUGUGAAAUUAUUUAGGCUUGGGGAUCUUUUUUGUAUCAACCAUUUCAUGACACAAAGUUUGGAAAUUUAGAAUUAUAGGUAAAUGGGUUGUUUCAUUCUUGAUUUAUUUAGUUACUAGGUACCAAUGUUGAUUUAGUGUGUUUGGUUCUGCGGUGAUAAACAUAGAUUUUAGUUAAAAGCGAGUUGAAUAUAAAGUGAUUUAUGUAUGGCGAUCUUGUGUUGUGUCAACCAUUUCAUGAUAUAAAGUUUGGGAAUUUCAAAUUAUAGGUGUGUAUUAUUGAGAAGUGAUUUCUGCUAGCUUAAAUUUCAACAUAGAUUUUCCGCAGUUUGAUUUUUCGUUGUUGUGGAAGAAGAUGUUGUGUGCUUGUUCUGGAGAGCAGUAUAAAUUUGAAGAGGCUCCACAGUCACCGGAUUCCCUAGCAACAAGGGAUUUUUCUGCCAGUGGACUAUCUUCAAGAACUGGAGAUUGGGAAUCCAAAUUAAGCGACAAUCAAGUUGAAGAGGUCGAAACUACUCUGAAACAAGCUGACACAUUAAACUAUGAGGAAGCUAGAGCUUUGUUGGGGAGGCUUGAAUAUCAAAAAGGGAACUUUGAUGCCGCCUUUAAAAUGAUUCAGGGUAUUGAGAUCAGUUCUUUGACCCCAGGGAUGAUCAGGGCUAUAUCUGAAAGAAACAAGCUAAGAAAAUCUCGUUCGAAGACGGGUACUGUGCUUCCUAAUUUGAUGUCAAUGCAUUCAGUAAGCCUGCUAAUUGAGGCAAUUUUGCUUAAAGCCAAGUCCUUAGAGGAACUUAAGCGAGACGAAGAGGCUGCAAAGGAGUGCAGAAUAAUUGUGGAUACAAUUGAAUCAGCUCUUCCUAAUGGAAUGCCUGAUGGUAUAGGUGAAGAUUGUAAGUUGCAGGAAUGGUUUCACAGAGCAUUGGAGCUGCUUCCAAAUCUAUGGAUCAAGGCAGGUUUUCUAGAUGAAGCUGUCACUGCUUAUCGGCGUGCUCUGGUCAAGCCAUGGAACUUGGAGGCGAGGAGGUUGGCAUGUCUACAAAAGGAUUUAGCUACCACACUACUCUAUGGUGGUGUUGAAGUAAACCUACCAUCUCACUUGCAAGUGAAUGGUCCAACAACACCAAUGAGUAACAUUGAAGAAGCGAUACUUUUGUUAUUGAUACUAUCAGGAAAGAUGGCACUACAAGAAAUAGAUUGGGAUGCUGAAAUAAUCGAUCAUCUUACAUUUUCGCUUUCAGUUACUGGGAUGUUUGAAUCGUUGGCAGAUUCUGUAGAGCAGAUCCUACCAGGUAUCUUUGGUCGAGCUGAGAUGUGGUACUUUCUCGCUCUUUGUUACAGUGCUGCAGGACAGAAUGAAGCAGCGUUAAACCUUUUGAGAAAAGCUUGUGGUAGUUCUGAGUCAGAGCAUAUACCUCAUUUUGCUUCAUAUUUGUUUGGUGCAAAACUGUGUUCCCAAAAUCCAAUUCAUGCUCAUGAAGGCAUCAAAUUUUCAAAGCAAGUUAUUGAUCUAGCCAAGCAUCGAAAUGAGCAUUUUUUGGUUCAAGGCCAACAAAUUCUCGGUGUUUGUUACGGGGCUGCAGCUAGAACAUCUGUAGUGGAUUCUGAAAGAAUUAUAUUUCAAAAAGAGUCUUUGAACUUUCUAAACGAAGCUGCUCUAAUUGGAAGUGAUGAUGCAGAAGUGAUGUUCAGCCUUGGACUGGAAAACGCAGUUCAGAGGAAUCUAGAUGCAGCUUAUCAAAACAUAAUGAGGUACUCAGAUAUGAUAGCUGGAAGUUCUACAAGAGGUUGGGAGCUGUUAGCGCUCAUCGUAUCCGCACAACAGAGGUUUAAGGAUGCAGAAACUAUAGUUGAUUUUGCUUUAGAUGACGCUGGUAGCGUAGAUCAGUUAGAACUACUAAGACUCAAAGCUGUACUUCAAAUUGCUCAGCAGCAACCAAAGCAAGCUAUAGAGACCUACAGAACCUUGUUAACAGUAAUAGCAGCCAAAAAGGAGCUUUUGCAUCAAGCUAAGAACUCUGAGUUUGAUCAAGCAAAAAUAUUCAAGGAUGAGGCAUUAACGGAGCGAAAGUUGGAAAUGGAAGCAUGGCAGGAUUUGGCAACAAUUUAUACAGAUCUUAAUUCAUUUCUUAAUGCAAAAGCUUGUGUUGACAAAGCCCAAUUACUUGAGUUUUUCUCUCCGAGAAGUUGGCAUAAUACAGGGAAGUUGUUUGAAGCUCAAUCAUUAAACAAGGAAGCUUUUAUUUCGUACUCAAUCUCAUUCUCAAUAGAACCUGAUUAUAUUCCCAGUAUCAAUUCAAUUGCAAAGUUGUUGAUUAAACUUGGUAUGCAAUCACUUCCAUUGGCAAGAAGCUUUUUAAUGAAUGCUUUACGAUUGGAACCUACAAACCAGGACGCGUGGUUCAAUCUUGGAUUGGUUUCAAAAAUGGAAGGUUCGUUACAACAAGCAGCAGAUUGCUUUCAAGCUGCAUAUGAGCUAUCGCUUUCAACUCCAGUGCAAAAGUUUGAGUGAUCGAGACUUUUGGAGAACAUAAAUUCUUUGUGGUUUAGGGAAAGCACCACCAUGAUCAUAAUAGAAAAGACAUAAGCAGCGACUAAUAGGAAAAAAAAAUCAUUGCAUGGUUACCCUUGUUUGGUUAACUUAUUGUUAAAAAAUUGUAUAGCUCAAUCUUGUUGCUUAACUAUAGAUGUACCAGUACUUCAACCUGUUUGCAAUGAAAUAUCAGUUAAACUUGACAGAGUAAACACAGAAAAUCAUUAGUUUGGUUUGGUAAAUAACUUAAUAUAAUAUUAAAUUGUUACUUAAUUUGA